AUGGAGAACCCUUUGCAUAACCAAUUAGAUGUGCCUCUUUCACUUAGCGCAUCUGUCCCUGAUGGUGCAAUCUCUGACGACUGUCCCACACCUGGUGUUGAAUGUUCCCCUGUAGAGGUGGAGAUCCGAGAUAUGAAUGACUGUCAAAGAUCACAUAGACAACGGGUAACACUAGGAGAAAGGCAAACCUUACUUGCCCGUCGUAAUGCAGCCUUCGUAGCUAGACGAUGCACGGGAGCUUAUGUUGCGUCUGAAGAAAAUCCUACAACAGAAACACAGGACACCAGCUGUGUGGACCCUCCAACACAACCAGGCGUUGCAAACAAUGAAGACCCCUCUUCAACCUCUCAACCUGCCAACAUCACAACGUCUCCAACACGCUCAUCUGUUAAUGAAGACGGUGAUGAUGAAGCCAUAUUCGAAGAGGACACGAACGAGGAGGACUACAUGUUCACUGGUCAAGAUGGGGACAAUGAUGAUGAUGUCGAAUUUGAUGAAGCUGACUAUUCCACUGUCACGGCCUCGAGCGUCUCCGAUCCGUAUGACCACGUGUAUAGCAACAUACCCCAAAGAACGCAUGUGCUUAAGCCUCAACCGAACUGUGAAUUCUGUGACGCGAAGAAGUUCGAGUGUGAGCCUAAGGGGUUCUGCUGCCGUAACGGAAAGAUUAGUCUGUCCAAUCCAGAUACGCCACCCGAACUUAUGAGGCUAUGGUCAAGCGCAGAUUCGGACGCCAAGCAUUUUCGGGACAGCAUUAGGUUCUUCAAUGGUCAUUUCUCAUUCACUUCUCUUUACUGUCGCCUUGACAGCGAGACCACUAACAUGGCAACCAGUGGUAUUUACACGUUUCGAGCCCACGGCCAAAUGUACCACAACAUACAUUCAUUUGGAGGUAAUGGCUUGGACCCCCAGCAUCUAGAGAUGUACUUCUAUGAUGAUGACCCAAGUCUAGAGCACCGGUAUCGGCGAUGUCGCGAGAAGCAAUACCGGCAAGACCAAGAAGUCAUCGCGAGGCUGGUUGGCAUACUUCGUGACAACCCAUACUCUCAGCAUUUCAGGAGUAUGGGACAGGUCGAAGACCUUGAGGAUUACCGUGUGACACUAAAUCUUGAUAAUAGGCUUGACCAGAGGACAUAUAAUGUACCACUCACUUCAGAGGUGGCAGCCGUGUGGGUCGAGGGCAGCGAGCAACAGAAAAACUUCGACUGUAGCGUUAUCCUGCAUGGGAACAACAACGAGACGUAUGGCGUCCGGCCGUAUCAUGCGUGUUAUGACCCCUUGUCAUACCCUCUCUUCUUCCCGAGAGGCGAAAUUGGCUGGCAUCCCGAUAUCCCAAAGGUUGGUGUAUCUAUGGAUGCGGCUCGGGCGGCUCGUGGUAACAAUAAUGAGGAUCCAGAUUCAAAUAGUAGGUUGUGCGUCUCUGUGAGGGACUACUAUUGCUACAAAUUCCAGAUGAGGCCAGGGAUAUUCAACCCAAUACUGUUCGGCAAACGUCUUUUCCAGCAGUUCGUUGUCGAUACUUACAUCAAGAUUGAGAGUUCACGGCUAGACUACAUAUGGAAUCAUCAGAAGGAGAUAAGGGCGGACCUCUAUCAAGGCUUGGUGGAUAGCUUUAAUGCUGGAGAGAGCAGAGCGAACGCGGUCGGCAAACGGACCGUGCUGGCUACAUCGUUUAUCGGAGGACCUCGAGAUAUGAGGCGUCGAUGCAUGGAUGCUAUGGCAUUGGUGCGGAAGUACGGGAAGCCGGACGUCUUCCUCACGAUGACCUGCAACCCUAACUGGGAAGAGAUACGCGUGGGCUCGACCAUGGCCAGAUACCCCAGGAUCGCCCGGAUCUCGUCGUGCGUGUUUUCAGGGCGAAGCUCGAGGAACUAA